GCUAAACUAAAACGCAAAAUAACGGUUCGAUACUAGAAAGACAACAAAUAAUUUCCUGCUGAAUUUUUACAAAUAUAUAUUUCAUUACAAAAGACGUAAAACUGGUGAACAACAGAAAUAUAUGUUUAAUUGAGAAUAAUAAAUAUACAAUAGAUAAAAAGAUAUCGCGAAGGGGGAGGGGGGCGUGGACUUGCAGGUGGUGCUGAAAACGACCGGAAGCGGAAGUGGUCGUCGCGUCGUUCUCCUCGAAGGAUCCUGCAGAUCUUACACACAGAGUGGUUAGUCUCUUAUUUCUUACAGCAAAUAUACACAUUAAAAACACGAGACGACGCGCGACUAACGGGUGUUAUCUUUUUAUCCGACAACGGCGACCGUUUCUCGAGACGCGACCCCUUUAACUCCAUCGCUAACGCCUGAUAUUUAAGCUGCAUUGAUCACUGCGUUCGCCAUAUUGACGGCUGCUGGCCGUCGUCAGUCGCUCUCCGAGGUUCUGAAACGCAUCCCUCACGGAUGCACCGUCGACUUCCAGCCUGUCCGGGAUCAGGUUGAUCAUCCAGGUGCCCUGCGAGUGUAGUUUACGACUCGGAUGCUGGCUGAUGCCUCCGGGUUGUAGCUUCUCCAGCGAAGCUAAGCUAUCUGAGGAUCUGUGGUUUGUCGCAGUGAUCGUGACACACUGACACGAGUAGCUCGUCCUUGUAGGCCAGCUGUGCAGCCAUGCAUUCAUAAAUCUGUAGGAUCUGGUUUCCAAACAUCCCGAGAGAAGCCAGUGCAUCCAGGGGGAAGAUAGAGCAGGAUGCACACGCUGACACAGCACUAAAGCAACAUCUCUAUAUAUAUAUUUGACAGUACAAGCUUUACAAAAAAGGCGCCAUGACGUCCUCUAUGCUCCGCCGCCAGCUGAAGAACCUGGUCCAGAACUACUCUGAGGCUGAGGUCAAGGUGAGGGAGGCGACGUCCAACGACCCGUGGGGCCCCUCCAGCACUCAGAUGGCCGACCUCUCCGACCUGACCUACAACGUGGUGGCCUGCAACGAGAUCAUGACGAUGCUCUGGAGGCGCCUGAACGACGACAAGAACUGGAGGCACAUCUACAAGUCCCUGACGCUGCUGGAGUACCUGUUGAAGACCGGUGACGACCGCGUGCUCCUGAAGAUGAAGGACAACACCUACAUCGUCAAAGCCCUCGCGGAGUAUCGCUUUGUAGAGAAGGAGGGCAAAGACCAGGGUGUAAAUGUGAGAGAGAAGGCCAAAGUUGUCCUCAUUCUCAUGGAGGACGAUGAUAAACUAAAGGAGGAGAGAGACUUUGCCAUCAUGACCCGAGAGAAGACUUCGAAAGGUUCUGCCGUCUCAUCCGCCGACGCCAUCAAGGAUCCCAACUACAAGCCCUGCUACGUCGUCGGGGCCGGAGGGCUUCCGUCAUUGGACAACAUACCGUCGGUGGCCGACUUGGCCUCAGCAUUCGCUUCGCCGCAAAGAGGAAGAAGCAGAGCUGAAGCUGAGAAGAAAGGCGGAGAGGAGGAGGCCAAGAUGAGUGACGACGAGCUGCAAUGGGAGGAUGCCGGCAAAGACAAUGACGGUAAAGGAGGUGCUUGGGGAGGGGCGAAAGCAAAGGAGGAAGAGGAGAAGGAAGAGAAGGAGAAAUCGCAUGCAUGGGGAGCCCCGCAAGAACCUAAAGAAGCCCCAGAUCCAUGGGGCAUACCCACAAAGCCUGACGCAACUGAUGCAGCAGCCAGUGGUGAUUCUUGGGGGGCUCCAACUACUGACGAAGAUUCAUUUGCUGCACCAAAGAAGGGAGAAGAUCCAUUUACUGCAAAAGACAACCCCUUCAACGCCCCGAAAGACAGUUCAGACCCCUUCAAUGCACCCAAAGACAAGGAAGAUCCAUUUGCUGCUCCAAUAGUUAAACCAGAUCCCUUCAACGACCCAAAGGAUGACUCCUUCAAUGCCCAGAAAGGGGAUCCCUUCAACGCCCAGACAAAUGAUCCCUUCAAUGCCCCCAAGAAUGAUCCGUUCAAUGCCCCCAAGAAUGAGCCCUUCAAUGCCCCCAAGAAUUAUCCCUUCAAUGCCCCCAAAGAUGAUCCCUUCAAUGCCCCCAAGAAUGAUCCCUUCAAUGCCCCCAAAGAUGAUCCCUUCAACGCCCAGAAAGGUGAUCCCUUCAAUGCCCCCAAGGAUGAUUCCUUCAAUACCCCAAAGGGUGAUCCAUUCGGUAGCCCAAAAGAUGAUCCCUUUACUGCACCAGCAUCAACACCCCCAAAAGAAGACUCAUUCGCAGCACUAGUGUCACCUAAAGAUGAUCCCUUCCCUGCUGCAUCAACACCACCCAAGGAGGAUCCUUUCUCGGCACCAUCCAAACCCACAAAAGAGGACCCAUUUGCUGCACCAACGACACCCCCUAAAGAGGAUCCAUUCACGGCGCCGUCCAGUCCACCAAAAGAUGAUGCCUCCGACCCCUUCAAUGCCCCUCCGGUGAGCUCGCCUCAAGGCAGUGCAGAUGCGUGGGGAGCCCCUGCUGGCUCUACACGCACUGACGCGUCCGACCUCUGGGGGGCGCCGUCUGCUCAAGGGGAAACCAAGGGCGGAGACCUCUGGGGGGACGGGGGGACAUUUGGAGAUGCAUCCAAACUGGACGAUGACGCGUGGGGAGCUCCAGCUGCAGCUCCAGCUGGCACAGAUGAUGCGUGGGGUUCCCCUGCUCCACCGUUAGACUCCACCCCAUCUCGUGACCCCUUUGGAGACGGAGCAUCUAAAAAAAGUGAUCCUUGGGGUGCGCCGAGCCAGGGGACGGGAAAGCAAACCGCGCAGGAGGCGUACGCAAAGACCGCUUCGUUUCUGGGCUCGGCCGGGGCGUCGCUCGUUGACUUGGACGAUCUGUUUUCUUCCAAACCCAAACGCCGCCCCUCCCCCGCCGCCGCGCUCGUCGCCCAGACGCGAGCCAUCGGUAAGGACGGAGAGGAAGUCGCUUCUUCGCUCUGGGUGACGAACGCGUUUUUUUUCUUUUCCCAAAGGCUCCGUGGGGGGAUUUUUGUGUGUGUGGUGGUGCGCUCGAGUCGAAUGGAUGGAUGAAUGGAUGGAUGGAGGGAUGGAUGGAGGGAUGGAUGAUCAUCUUCAAAAGAUUGAAGAAUCACCGAGAUACUAAAACAAUAUCUGUAAUUCACUGAAGAUUGGUCCAGAGGGAGAGGGGGCGGAGACUUAUUUAUCAAUAGGUUUGUAUGGAAAGGCUAACUGUGAUCCUGUGUUUAUCCUAUUCACCCCACCCCGGUGUUCUCGCUGUAUAGAUGUGUGUGUGUGUGUGUGUGUGUGAGCAUUAGGGACCUAUUAUAGUCGCUAGUAUAGAAGCUAGUGUAUAUUAACCAGCAGAUAUUGACCUCUUCUCACCCCUCUCUCUCUCUCUCUCUCUCUCUCUCUCUCUCUGCUGUGGUGCAUUUUCUCUUUGCUGGAAUACUUUAACCUCCCCCCUCCCCCCUUCACUCUCCUGUUACUCCUCCUAAAUUUUCCCAGGCGCUUUCAAAUCCCGGGGCAUGACAUCUGGCCCCGUGGUCAGAUCGUCCGUCUCGGGGCAAGCCCUUCCCGAAACGUCGGCCCCGUGUCG